GAAUUCUGGUGAUAAUGGCGACAGAGGUUCUUUUAUUCUGACCUCUUCUCUAGCAACUUUAUGUGCCACUGUGAAAGCAGAUAUAUUUCUACUUGUGUCUCCAGUGGUUGGACCAUGCUGUUACAGCUAUGUUCUAUCUGCAUGUGCAAAAAGAGGCUUCAGUAUGGUGGGACUUCAAAGGGUGCAGAUCUCCAAAAAACAAAUUAAAUCUCUGGGUCUUACAACCAAGCAGGUUGCAGUAUUCUGUCAGGCUUCCACAGUCUAUCUGGAUGGAGAACAUGUUGAGCUGUCCUCUCAUUGCCUGGUGCUGCUGAUGAGGAGUGAAAGCGCAGUGCAGCACUGUUCCAGACUGUCUAUAGGUUUGAUGAACGAGCUUGCUGCUCAAGGCUUUAUGGGAUCGAUUCGUGCAAGACUCGCAGAUGACUUGAUUCUGGUUCCACAUCUUUGCUUUCACACUUUGCCCUACUCUAAAAAUCUACUCAAAAUACUAGGUGGGCUCAUGUGGACAAUGCCAGAUUUCAGCCACGUGAUCUUGUCAAAACACAGGUAUCUCUCUUGUCCAGACAUCGAGCAGGUUGUGAUUCUCACUCUGACUGGUCAGAACAUUGUGGAGAAAGAGAUGGGCCUGCUUCGUAAAGUUCUCAGGGGAGAUACAGCAGGACAAGAGGAAUUUGAGUUGCUGGCAUUGAAGUGGAUGCCAAAGUUGUCUCGGUGGCAGGCACAAGAGUUGAGUCCUUUUGAGGUUGGGGAAAGAGAGUGGCAGAGUAGUGUGCUCAGCCUGAUGUCGACCCCUGCCCUGGUCUUUGUUCUGAGGAGGGUGAGGGCAUUCAUCACUCUACGCAGAAUAUUAUCACAAAGUGACCCAGGAAACAUGUGCGUACUGAUGUCCCCCACUCCAGAGACUGCUUUCAGACAGGCCUGCCUCUUUUUUUCUGAGGCAGAAUUGGUCCCAGAUCACAGCAGUCGUCCAUCAUUGAAAUUCCUAGCACCGCCUUACACUGACACUCCUGGUCUGAGAAGUCAGUCGCUUUACAGUUACAUGACAGAGGGCCCAGAGCCCAUUUUGACUCUGGCGCUGUUUAAACCUGGAGCUUGGAGACACUGCUUUGGUAAAAUUCUCAGCAUGAUCAAACAAAAUGGCUUCACUCUAGUGGGCUUGCGCAUACUUCUACUGGACUCAAACAUGGCUCAAGCACUGAUACUUCCACCAGAGCAACAGAAUCCAACUAAAAGGGUGCUGGUGAUGAAAUACUUGAGAUCUGGCUUCUCAUUGGCUCUGUGCUUACUGAGAGUAAAUGCAGUUAAGAGGCUGUUGGAGCUGAUGGGUCCUGAGGAUCCUGUUGCAGCCUGCAAUGAAGAUCAGACCCCAUGGUGGUCCCACUUUUGCUCUGACAAACUGCAUAGUGGCAUCUAUGGAUCACUGUCGUAUCGAAAGGCAGUAGAGGACAUAAAACUGAUAUUUCCAGAGGGUUUGUGCUGCACAGAAACAUCAAUGAUGAGACACGAGCAGAUUUGCUGUUUGUGUUCAGAUCCUGAGGCUAGUUCGGAACGUGAACUAUCGGACACCCUCCGAACUGCUGUCAAGGACAAAUUUCACUCAGAAUCAGGUUUCAGUCAAGGGCCUUUAGUCUCCAGCAAUCUGUGCCAGACCACCUGCCUGCUGAUACCUUCCAACCUCAUGCAGCAGAGUCAGCCUCCCUUUUACUCAGAGAUACUAGAGAGGCUGCUCAGGACAGACUGCCACCUGGUGGCUGGAAGGCUUUGCACUCCAGAUGAGAAUCAAAGGCGGCACAUGUCUGAGCUACUGAGGCCCCCUGCUGAUGGAGCAUUUCAUGGAUCACUUCUAUCUGAAGGCCCCUGUCUUAUCAUUGCUUUGCAAAAAGAUAAUGCUGUUCCUUGCCUUGAUAUCCUUCUUGAGAGCAUUUGUAGGGAGCGACCUGACUUUGAGAGAAUUCGGACGAAGCUUCUUUACCCAAACUCUGAAAGUGAGGCAGAGAAAUUGAUGUGCUACUUGUUCGACAUAUCCUGUCCUGACAGUCAUCACAGCAUAGUUCCACGAUAACCAGCAGUUAGUACUCAGUGAUGAAUAUCUACUUUUAUACAUUUUUAUUUCAAAGUAACUGAUUAUUAACUUCACUGUUCCUAAGUAAUAUAUUAAGUCAAGACUAGCAUAU